UAAAUGGUCAGAGGAAGAAAAAGAGUGUCGUUCGUAUAGUUUUGCAAGGCUGAGAAAACCGAAACUUUCACGGCUUUGACCAGCCAUAUCGUGGUUUGAUCGUGGAAAAAGUGCUGCAUUUUGCGAAGUUCGAAAGUGUGGCAUUUCCGGUGCCGUGGAACCACCAGGAUGGAAGCAGUUCCGCAAACGUUUAACCACUAACCAAAACAGUGCAGCGCACACGCACGACAGAAGAACCAUCAGCAUAACCUUCCGUCUGUCAAAAGAAGGGGAUUUUUUUUCCUUCAGCUUUUUCGGAAGGGACGAAUGCAAGAGAGAGUGUGAAAGAUGAGCGCUGAGGAGUUUAUUUAUAGCGUGAUCAACACUGAUAACGUAGCCCAGCUGGAUCUGAACGUAAUUGCCAACACACUGGCCAGUGCAGACUCGUUGAUCCGGCAAAUCAAGGCCCAGCAGGUGGAGAAUGAGGGCCUAAAGGAGAAGAUUGCCUCGCUGAGAACUUCCGCCUUGCAGAUCAAACAGCUGUACGAAGCGGAAGUUGGGAAAAAUCAGGGGAUUGUUAAUCGGGAGGAGGAUUAUGUAAGGAAAGUUAAAGAACUGGAAGCACGAACAUCUGCGGCGGAGAAUGCCAGGAUCAAUGCAGAGCUACAGGAGAAGGAAACGGUGGCGGAGUUAGAGCGAAAAGCGGACCACUGGAGAGAUAAGUAUGACAGCUUGGCAUUGGAUAUGGUGAGAAAUUGUAGCUUACUGGUGGAUAAUUCCUUGCUGCCAACUGAUCAGCAGAUGAAGUUCAGGGACUGGAAAUGCCAUGUGCAGAGUAUGGUUCAAGAUGACAAGGAAGUGCCAGAAGAUGUGCUGGCGUGUUUGAAUAAGAAGCGAGCCUCCAGAAAGAAGCGUAAAUUAGAAGUGGAUUGUCGAGAUCAAGCUACCAUGACUGUUGGUCCUAUGUAUACUACUAUUGGUGUCAAUGCCGUUGAAGAAAAACCAUCCCUUAGCAGUGCUUCAACUUCUACUCAGGAUUUAGAACCACCAACUCCGCAAUACUCGAUAACUAACGAUAGUUUCUCGGAGGAAACAUCCAAGGAAGAACCUCCGAAGAAGACAUUCGCCAACAAGAGCACGAUGUACUCUAGCUCAACAGUCACCCGUUCGACGUGCACGUCAGCCUUCAUCAAGCGGGUCGACGUUGGGGUCAAUUUCCCGGAAGUAGUUCCAAAAUCCAUCAACGAAAUUUUGCGCGAAUGUGUCAUCGAACUUCCAUCGCUGCUCUCUCCCAUUCUGGAUGAUAUUUCGGUUCGUUCAGAAUCGACGUCCACCCAGACGGAUUCUCUUCCGGACGCGAUCGAACCGAAACCUCAACUAGUUACAAUUGGCACCGUUACCAAUUUGCGUAACAUUCGUCGAAAAUUGGACUUUGUCCGAAAGGUUGACGGCAUUUUGGGAAGCCAACUACUGUCGAACAUCAAAAAAGAAGAAAGCAUCUCUCCGGCCAGCUCGAUGCAAAAUCUUCCAUCUACCGUCUUCCAGAGUGAAGAUCUUGGCGGGGUGAAUCCUCAGCUUACGCACAUCUGGGGUCUGCUGGGUGAAACCAUGUUCCGAUUGUUGGGCACGGGUCGGAUGUUUGACAGUCAGUGCUAUAACACCAUCAACGAAAGGAUAGCGAUGAUAAACAGUUUGAUCGACUCGGAGAGCCGGCGGGGAACGGCCAUGAUGAGUGAGGUGUUUGCGGCUGCUGCAGCAUCGGCGGCGCUGGCUUCCAGCAGGGACCAGGUAGUGGGCAAGAAGAGUGUGGUGGAUCCGGUUGAUCGGGUUCCUGUGAGUCGGGGGAAGUGCAUGCAAGACUAUGAGAAAGAAGUGGACCCAAUGAGUGGGGAGGAUGACGACGAAGGGUCGAAUGGUCCGUGGGACAUUGAAUGUCCCGAAGCGGACGAAGGGCUCGAGUCGAACAUUGAAAGUGUGCCUAGGGAUGAGCAAAUGGAACAAGAAGAACCAGCAGGGGAUUCCAGCUGUGUUACGGAGGAUGCGCCUGAGGUUGCAAUAGAUCCUGAACCAACGCCAUCGGUGGAUAAUGCAGAUGCUGCUUGUAAUGCGUCCACCGCUGCCGAGCAACUUCCAGCUGAAGACUCAAAACAAACCAAAGAUUCCUUAAUAUCUACUCCUCACGAGGACGAUGCUACCAUUUCCGACUGUCCCGUGGCAGUCGUCCCGCAAGAAGCGCUUCCACCGCCGGUGCCAGUGUUCUUCGAUGUCCCAUCGCCACCACUGACGGAAGAAUCCAACGACUGCGGCUCCACCCUGCUGGAACCGAUGCUCGAUGGCGGCGAUUCCAAAGCGAAAGAUGGUGAUGAACGGCAGCAGCAGCAGCAGCCGGAAGAAGUGGAACACGAUGAGCUCGAGAACGAGUUGCGGCUGAUGGAGGAAGGAAUCGGAAUUCAGCCGACGACCGUCUUCCAGGUGCCCAAUUUGGAACAGAUUGAAACGAGGCACUACCUGGAUGUGGUGUGCGAUGAUGAAUCCGUAUCGACCACGGACGAUGAGAAUGAAUGUCGCAUGAUGAUCGUGGAAACAUCCCCCAGCCGACUGUCGUCGGCUAGUUCCAGUUGUACGUCGAUCGGAAGCAACGGCACGCUGAUUUCCCCGAUCAAGGUGAAGGAAACCAACGAAUUGGUCAAAGAUCAGUUCAAAACUCCCACUAGUCCUGCCAUCAGUAAGCGAAAGCUGAGGGAACGGCUUGAAGCAGGUCAUUCGAAACGGGGCCGGCUGUCUCCCACGACGGAAUCGUUGCUCGAAGACGAUUGGGACCGGAAGUUUACCCGGAUAAAGGAUUACUUUACGCUGCCGUCGAGUUUGAAUCCGAUCGAGGAUGGCUCGGCGAGGCGACGACAGGUUGAGGAAGAGGAUGAGGAGGAUUGUUGGGAGUUUUCUCCGGUGGAACAGUUCGAUGAGGAUGACGAAGAGUGCUUUACGUCCGCUGAGCAGCAGUUCCAGCCACUAACGGUUGAAACGGACGAGGAUGAACCCAUGAUGGCACUCACAGAUUCUCCGGAGUCUCCUGUUGAAGAACCACCAGUUUCCUUUGGUAGUAGCAGUUGGGAUGAUUUCAAGAAGCCUCUAAGCAUUGACAUCGGCGAUCCUUCGUUGGGAACCGACAGCGCUUCUGAUUCUCCGGAGUCCCCUGUGUUGAGCGAUUCGCCGUUGUCGCCAAUGCCUGAAUGUCCGAAUGUCGUCAGUAGAUGCUUCAGUCGUGACGAAUCUCCGCUAUCUCCGCCGCUCGAAAGCCGACCGUCGAUGUACGCGGAUUCGUUGGAGCCCAAAAUCAUUCCGUUGGAAAAUCCUCUCGCCAGUCGAACAAUGCUGAAAAUUGACAACACUCCGAUAGGAAAGUCCAUUGCCUGGUAUAACAACGCAAGACGAGCGGAAGUCUUGCUGAAGAUGGCUUCCAAUCCACCGAAAAAGGAAGGCCAAUUGAUCCGGCGAGUGGUCGAGGUAAUCGAGGCUUAUGUACAGGAUGAAUGGACGGUGGACAAUCUGAACUUGCGUUGUGCACAGCUGCUGGAAGUUUCGGAUGAUACGCGGAUACUCUGCCAAGCCAUCGUCGACUGCGUGGUUUCCUAUGCGGAUCUGCAGGUUGAUGUCCAGUGCUCACCUCCGGCACCACCACUGCCACGAACUACCCAGCAACUGGUGCUUUUAGCCAAAACGCUCAACGAAACCCUUUUCACGUUGGAUAGGAUAAUUAUGCAGGAAAUCGAUCGGAGGGUCUUCCAGCUCAAGUCUGACAAAAUUAAGCUGGACACAAUCACUGCCAUGACCUACCUGUACGUGGGAGUGGCCGACUGCAACCGCUUGUAUGGUUGCACAGCUAGGAUGUAUAUUUACAAGUGCUUGUAUUAUUUCAACUUCAAGGGUCUGCCCUUGAUUUAUUACGUACUGAAAGCUUUUCCUCACGCACUGCCCAAAAAGGCCAGUGUCCAUUACGAUAAUUCCGAUGCGAUGGUCAGUACCAUCCGAACCAUUCUGAUGAAUACGAACUACAUAGAACGUAUCGCCAACAAUCCCGAUGCUCAUAUGUACAAAAAGUGCGAACUGUUAAAACUACUCAAGCACUUCUACGGCUACCAGCAGGGUUGCCCAACGUACGAAGAGCUCAUCACUAAUUUAAUAGAGAAAAUCAAGGCCAACAAGCUGAAAAAUGUCGACUACUGUCUGAUCCUGGUCGCAAAGCGAAAGGGCUACGACUGGGCCAAACAGAAUAUCGUUCAAAAGCACCUCUACCCGCUCCUCAACGACUACCUCAAGCAGAUCGAUUCCGAAGGGACUCACGACGAACAGAUCUGCUGUCUCAUUUUCUCCAUUUCGGCCAUCCUGAAGACGCAACCGAACUAUCAGGACGUGACCGGUGUCAUGCAAAUCCUCGGCAGUAUUGUUCAGAAGACCGACGGCAAUCGACGGGUCCAGGAGGCGGCCGUUGCCGGGUUGAUGCGAUUUACCCGCUUCAACUAUGCCGACGUGUACGAGUGGUUGUGCCGAUGGUGCCCCAGCUACGAGGUUAGCGGGCGGACAAAGCUGAUGCUGGCGACGUUCGUCCACCGGAAGGAGCGUAGCUUCUGGCAGCAGCUCGGUCAGCGGGCGAUCGUGUAGUCUGUGAUCGGGGUGGGGUGCGGGGCUAGAAUGUUUUGUGUAGGAUUUGUAAAAAGUUAUUUAUUUUACAAGUAACCAUUUUCGUUCUGUAGCAUUAAGCUUUUCGGUUUUCGACUAGAUUUGUAAGCAAACGAUAGGGAAUAACGUGAUUGCGCAAUCCUCCAUUUUUAAGAAACGUCUAUAAGCAAUCACCCGAGUCGGAUAACUUGUACAUAGUUACAGAAAUAGCCGAAGGGCUAGAAAUAAAGGAUAUCAGCCGAGUUUGUAAA